AUGCCGUCACGACGGUCUCAUCGCAAAUCCCGCGACGGGUGCAUUCCUUGCAAACGCCGACGGGUCAAGUGCGAUGAGCGCCGCCCUGAAUGUACGAAUUGCGUGAACCGAAACACUACCUGCCAGUACGCCGCAGAAGCUUCCGUGACGUCACCGCGCUCGAAUACCGAAGUGUCCUCUCCUUGCUCAUUGUCGAUCCAUCCCCUUCUUGCAUCCGCUCAGACACACUCGACAUCUAUUCAACAGGAUCAUACAUGCAUACCGAACAAAGAGGCGGGGGGUGCAGGGAACCUUCUACAAACUUCAGACCUUAAUAUUCGCGACAUGGAGCUGCUUCUCCACUGGUGCUCCUCGACUUACGCGACGAUGGCGCAUACCAAAGAGGCUGAAGAUGUAUUCCAAUUUCUCUUGCCCACAGAAGGCCUGACAUAUCCCUUUGUGCUUCACGGAGUACUAGCAUUGUCUGCGCUUCACAUCGCACGAACAGAGAGCCGAAGUAACAGAUCGAUUUAUUUCUCUAUUGCUUUAGAGCAUCAGAAUCGUGCACUCGCUUUAUUCCGGCCUAAAGUCCUUUCACUAGAUGGCCAGAACAGCCAUAUCGUGUUUGUAUUUUCCGGCAUACUCUUUCAACUGGCGUUCGCGAUGUCGCCGUCUUCUCCGUUCGCAGACACUUAUGACCCCAUUCGUGAUCUUCUUCAAGGGUUUGAUCUAUGCAGAGGGCUCCGCGAAGUGAUAGGCCUCUCAUGGCACUGGGUCAAAGAAGGGAGAAUUUCAGAUGUGCUGUUACGCGUGGAUGACAACAAAAUAUGGCCUCUUUCUGAUGUAAUCCAGGAAGCUUUUUCGAACCUAAAGCGUCUCAACGAGAAUCGUGGAAAGGAAAUCAGCACUCACGACACAGGUUGCUAUGCCUCUGCUAUUGACUAUCUGACAGACUUGAUGGAAAUAUACCAGGACAAGCCCCGUAGGGUUGAACUGGCAUUGAGAUGGCCAUUUGAACUCACAGACAAGUAUGUGGACUUGCUGAGGGGACAUGACCCAAUGGCACUCGUUGUCCUAGCACACUAUUGUCUCAUACUUCAUCAUUCCAGACACCAGUGGUGGAUGGAGGGUUGGAGCUUACAUCUCGCUCGUUCUAUUUGGAAUCUUCUUGACGAGUAUUGGAAGCCAUCAGCGAUCUGGGUUCUGAGAGAAGUGGGGCUAGAGGUUUGA